AAUCUUGUCAGUCGCAAUCAAGAGCAAUCAGCCAAUCAAAAUGUUUCUUGCGCUUUAUUGCAUGAUGUUUGUAUUAUCGUAAUAUUCAGCUCUUGUAGAAAUGUAGUUCUUACUGGACGGCACAUAGAAAUCAAAUAGCAACGGCACAAGUCAAUAAAAUUACUUGCUUCUUUAUUGUUGGAUUUGAACCACUGGCUGUAACGAUAAGAAAGGUGUGACAAUCAUAUGUAUGGAGAGAAUUGUCAAUACGAUUGUCGUUGUAAGGACCAAGCGGAAUUGUGUAACAAGGUUACCGGAGCCUGUGUAUCUGGUUGUCCAGAAGGUUAUACUGCGGUCAAUUGUACAGAAGUACCAUGUUCUGGCCAAACGUACGGCUCUGACUGCAAGAUGAGAUGUAACUGUAAAGACCCAGAAGAAACGUGCGAUUUGAAGAUAGGAACGUGUUAUUCUGGCUGUUAUAAGCAGUUUAUGGGAAAAGCUUGUCAAUGGUGUGCUAAUUUCUGCUAUGGUGACAAGUGUCAACACAAGUGUAAGUGUAAAUUUAAGGUGGAAGUGUGUGACAAGAACGACGGACACUGCUCUUCGUGUCCGUUCGGAUGGGGUGGAGCUAGCUGUAACGAAUGUGCUGAAGGAUUUACUGGACCUAACUGUACUGAUUGUGCAGAUACGUAUUACGGCACACGUUGUAGCAGAUGUAACUGUAAACAUAUAGACGAAGUUUGUGACAAGAAGACGGGAAACUGUUCUGAAUCGGGCUGUAGGCCACGCAGGACCAGAGAAGCUUGCACUGGUACGAUAGGAAGAAAGGAAGGAAAUGGUUUAUUUAACGACGCACUCAACGCAUUUUAUUGAAUGUAAAGAUUUGUAUUAUGGCCGCGAAUGUAAGAGAUGUAACUGUAAAAAUCCGGAAGCAGUUUGUAACAAGUGGUCGGGCAGCUGUCCGCCUGAAUCCGGCUGUAACGAACACUGGACCGGCAAGGCCUGUGAUGUGUGUGAAGAUUAUUGGUGUAGCACAAACUGUUCGAAGACAUGCACCUGUACAGUUGUUGUUGUUGUUUCAAGCACAGGUUUUAUGAGUACCAGCAUGGAGUUUAUUCCCUUCACCCUGGCCGUCGUCUGUGGAUCCCUGACAGUUCUAGGACCAUUCUCCGGUAACGGAAUUACAAUCCACGACUUUUUUUAGACAGAUGUUACCCGGGUCGGAUGACCAUAGUCCUACCAUUAGAAAGAACACACUAUCUUCAAUAUAUAACUUUUAAUGGCGACGCAACACUCGAACAAAAUGUUUCUAGGAGGUAUUAUUGCCAAAUGAAACAUAUAUACCUUAAUUACAACAAGCAUGGUUGUACCACAUCAAAAUGGUUGUGCUUUAUGAAAAUGUGUAAAUGUGUUAUUGUAACUGAAUAAACAAUAAUUACAAUACACAA